AUGAUGGUAUAUGAGUUAAAAACCCUUUUAAUAUUUUCAUCUCUUUUAUCUUCGGUCUUCUCUCUCUUGUUUUGUUAUCUCUAUCUUCAUCUACUCACAACACAACCUGUUUAUACUAAACUAAACUGAUGUCUUUCACUAAUUAAACCGCUGUUUAAGCAAACCCCUACUCCCUUUUUUUACUUCAAAUAUGUAUUAGAUUAACAUUGUGAUGCUAAACAACCUUACUCUGCUUUUCCACUUUCCACAAAAACUCCACACAUGUCUUCCUCCACCCUAUUCCAUUUUUUUGCCUUCCUAAAUUCUCGAUCAUCCAAUUCUCUUCAAACCCAUUGCAACAUCCCUCCCUUUUCACCUCCCAAUUCCACUUCAACAUGCUUCAGGCUAAAUUUGUAAGUUCGGUCGUCGUUUUCCACGAGGACGCCACAUUCCACUCCUUGAUUUAGAACGAGAGAAAGGUCUAAGAAAGAAGCCAGUUUUUUGUUCAGAGGCUCGCACUGGUAUUUGGGUCUUUUGUUUAGUAUAAACCCCAUAUAGAGUAGAUGGAGAUGAAGGAGACAAAACAAGAGAGAGAGGAAAGAGUAGAGGAAGGAAGGAACGUUCAAAGAAAUAUAUUUUCCCUCAGUAGACCCAAAAAGCAAGUUGGAAACCCGAAAAACCCCAGAAACGAACAAAUGAAGACACGACAGGUGACGUACCGCCAACAGACGUUUCGACUCAGCCCAACGCUUCAAAUGAAAGGAAAGAACAGAACACAAUAGAACAGAACAACACAGAGCUUCGCUUUGUUCCUACCCUCUCUUGAGUUCUGAUUCAGAAAUUUGAGCUUUAAAAAAUGUCGACAUUGAUGAACAAUGGCAUCGAUGAAGAAACAACCCGAAAAACCAAACCAAAACCCGAGUCGGAGUACGUCAACCUCAAAGUGAAUGGCCAAGAUGGAAGUAAAGUGUAUUUCAGGAUUUUUAAGAAAACCGAAGUCAACAAACUCAUGGAUUCUUACUGUCAAAGACAAGAGCUAGAGUUCAGUACCAUUGCUUUUCUCAUGGAUGGCCAUCCCAUUGCUGGAACCCAAACCGCCGAAGAGCUGGGGUUGGAAGAUGGAGAUGAAAUUGAUGCCAUGAAACACCACUGCGGCGGCGGCGGCGACGGAGCAAUCUGAGAUUUUCAUUUCUGUGGAAAAAUGGUGAUCAAGCAAUCUCCCGUCCUUUGGUUAAAACGAUGACGUUUGGUCUUAGUCUUGAAUCUCAUGCUUGCACUUUGUUUAUAUAAUAUAAUAUAUACCAAAUUCUAUCCAACUUUUUUA